CUGUUGUUGCCGGUGCAUGCAAAUCACGUAGUGAAGCUAACAAGAUGAUUAAAUCUGGAGGAUUGUAUUUGAAUAGCAAACGUAUUGGAGAUCCACAAUAUAAAUUGCAAGAAAAUGAUUUAGUUGAUGGUAUCGUUUGUAUAUUUAGAAUAGGUAGAAGUAAUUAUCGACUGGCUCAAAUUGUUGAUUGA